AUGACGAUUACUGUCGAGAUCAACCACCAUGGUUCUUUCCACAAUGAUGCUAGAAACCCUCGCUAUAUAGGAGGUUAUGUUGAUGUUAUUAAGGAGUUUGAUGCAGACACACUGUCGUUUAGGGAUUUAGGAGAGUUUGCUGAGAAGUUUAAUUAUAAUCCCGAGUCUUUAGCUCAUUUUAAGCGUGAUGGGAAAAAUAUGUCCAGUGGAAUGAGGCUAUUAUAUGAUGAUGAAUCAAUAAGAGAUUGUAUAGAAGUGUCUAAGCCAUAUGGGAAGAUUGAAUUGUAUAUUGAUCAUUGGCUAGAUGAAGGUGAAAAUGUAGAUAAUGACAGAGGUAAGGAGGUUGUAGAGGAAGAUGAUGGAGAUGAUGGAGAUGAUGGGAAUGGGGAUGGGGAUGAUGGGGAAGGGGGAGAGUAUGAUGAUAGUGAAGAUGAGGAUUAUCAGUACAAAGGUACAGAGAGUGAAGAAAGUGAGAGUGAUGGGUCUUUUGUUGGUGAGAGUGAUGAAGAGCUUCAGAAGAAUAAGAAAAAUUGUAGGGACUUUAGGGAAGAUCUGAGGAAGGCAAUGGCCACCCCUGCAGAUGCAGAAUUUGAGGAAGAUGAGUUUGAUUCUGAUGAAUUGAGGUCUGUGGACUCUUCUAGUGAGGAUGAAAACCAGAAAAUUGGGUACAUUGGGCCAGUAACAAUAAAAAGAAAAGUGAGGAGAAAGGUACAUGGUUGUUCAACUAGGGAGGGGGGUAAAAUCAAAUGGAGUGCAGGCAUGGCUUUUCUGAACAUGGAGGAGUUUAAGAGUGCUGUGAGAUUGUAUGGAUUGGAAGAGAGGAGAGCUGUGAGGUUCACCUGCAAUGAACCACAUAGGUGUCAUGUCAAGUGUGAGGAUGGGUGUCCUUUCAGGAUUUGGGCAAGGAAGCAGAAAGACAGUGAUGUUGUUGAGAUAAAAACACUAGUCAAUGAGCAUCAGUGCACAAAACCAUACAAAAAUAGGCUUGCAAGUGUGAGAUAUUUGACUGAGAUAUAUGGUGACAGGAUUAGAAAAAAUCCACAGUGGAGAGUGAAGGAAAUGAUUGAAACCAUAAGGAAUGAAAUGGAAAUUGAAGUGCCUUGGAUUAAAAUCAUGAGACUGAGAAAAGCUGCACUAGAUGGUGUUGAGGACCAACUGAAGCUGCAUUACUCUAGAGUUAGAGAUUUUGGUUAUGAAGUGCUGAAGAACAAUCCACACAACACUGUCAAGAUAAUGGGUACAAGGCUGAAUGAAGGUGAUGUCAACAGAUUUAAAAGAAUCUACAUCUGUUAUGGGGCAUUGAAGAGUGGGUGGAAGGCUGGGUGCAGACCAAUUCUAGGACUAGAUGGAUGUUUUCUGAAAACUGUUUGUGGAGGUCAAUUGUUAAGUGCAGUUGGUAGAGAUGGGAAUAAUUGCAUGUACCCAGUUUGCAUUGCUGUGGUGGAGAGUGAAAACACUGACUCCUGGAGGUGGUUUAUACAAUUGAUGUUGGAUGACUUGGACCUAGGGGAUGGCAAUGGAUUGACUCUGAUUAGUGAUCAACAAAAGGUAAUAAAAAUACUUUUACUAUUUCUGCCUAUGUACCAUUUAUAGUGUACUUUUUAAUCCUAUGAGUGACUACUCUAUGUAGGGACUUGAAAAUGCUGUCAAGGAGUUAUUGCCCAGAUCUGAACAUAGAUUUUGUACAAGACAUAUAUAUAGCAAUCUGAGGAAAAAAUUUCCAUCAAGUAUUAUUAAAAGAGCUUUUUGGAAUGCUGCUUGUGCAACACACCCCUCUGCACAUAAGAACUUCAUGAAGCAGAUUGAAAAUAAUUCAAAGCUUGCAUUUGCACACUUAAAUAGAUUUGAUGUCAAAUCUUGGUCAAAAGCAUUUAUAUCUUCACUUCCAAAGGCUGAUAAUAUUGAGAAUAAUAUGUCAGAGUGCUUUAAUGCUUGGAUAAUGCCUGAAAGGUAAUAUUAUGGUCAUUAGUUAUAUUUACCUCUGCACCUAUAUUAAACACACUAACAUAUACUUUUACAGGUACAUGCCACUUCUUGACAUGCUUCAAGAAAUUCACUUCAAGUUACUUAAAAGGGUCACUGAGAAGAGAGAUGAAAUGAUGACCAAAGAGUUGCAGCUUUGUCCCAAAAUUAAGAAAAUUCUUGAUGAAAGGAUCACACAGUCAAGGAAGUGGAGAGCUGUUUGGGAUGGUGCUACAAGGUAUCAAGUCAAAUACAACACCAGAUUUGUAACAGUUGACUUGGAGCAAAGAUCUUGUGACUGCAGAGUUUUUGAUUUAUCUGGGAUUCCAUGUGCCCAUGCCCUAGCUGCUAUAUUUGACAGAAGGCACAAGCCAAUUGACUAUGUCUCAGAUUACUUCAAAAGGGACAAGUACUUGAACAGCUAUGCAUUCCCUCUU